AUGCGCUCGGCCCUCAACUGCGUGCUGCCCAUCGAUAACCACGUCUUUGCCACGGGCGACGACAGCGGGGCCCUGAAGGUGUGGGACCUGCGCAAGGGGGACACCAUCCUGGAGGCCCGUCAGCAGGAGGAGUACAUCAGCGCCAUGGCCGCGGACGCUAACGGGAAGAUCCUGCUGACCGCCAGCGGUGACGGCACCCUGGGCGUCUUCAACAUGAAGAGGCGGCGCUUUGAGCUACUCUCGGAGCCGCAGAACGGGGACCUGACCUCCGUUGUGCUGCUGAAGAAGGGGAAGAAGGUGGCGUGUGGCUCCAGCGAAGGCACCAUCUACCUCUUCAACUGGGACGGCUUCGGGGCCACCAGUGACCGCUUUGCUCUGAGGGCCGAGUCCGUUGACUGCAUGGUUCCCAUCACGGAGAGCAUCGUAUGCAUGGGGUCCCUGGACGGAGUCAUCAGGGCGGUGAACGUGCUGCCGAACCGGGUGCUGGGCUGCGUUGGGCAGCACCCGGGGGAGCCCAUCGAGCAGCUGCCACCAGCUACCCCACGCACUGCCUUCAACAGUACCUUGGGCUGGGGAGCCAGAUGUGCCCAGCUGUUGGGCAUCGCCAGCCCAGCCCUCAGUGGCAUCAACGUUCUCGACCCAGCAAGGGCCACGUGGUUGACCAACUUGGAGAAGAACACAGUGCUGGUGCGAGCAGCUGAAAGCAUCCAGCAACUCUUCAACACCAAGUCCAACCUGUCCCAGUGCCAUCAGGGGGCAGGGACUCCGGGAGACCACAGGCUAGGCUAG